AUGGACGGGUCUCCUGCCCUGCUCCUCCUGCUCGCUCUGAGACUCUGCUGCCCUGGGAUCCAUGGCCAUGAGAUGAACGUCAGGUUUCGUGACAGCAUCACUCAAAUCCAGCUGGGACAGCAGCUGGAAGUGGAGUGUCAGAAUGACAAGGACAGUGGCAUGUUCUGGGUCCGCCAGGACAGCAAUGGGACCCUUCACUUCAUUGUCUUCUUCUCUUCCCUAUCUGGGCCCACCUUCGAGGGGAAUCAGAGAACAUCCACACGCUUCGAGGCUGGCAGACACAACAGGUUCUAUUGGUUGGUAGUGAAGUCUUUCACACAGCAGGACGAGGGGAUUUAUUUCUGCCUCAUGAACAUCAACCAAAUGCUGUACUUCAGCCACGGCCAGCCUGCCUUUCUACCAGUCACCACCACACUGGCACCCAGCACAGCAGGACCCACCACCCAGCAUGGCAUCACUGAAAAGGACCCCUGCAUAAGGACCUUGGCUCCAGAGACAACAAUGCAGGAAGAGCUGAAUUCCUUCUGUCUCAUCUUCAUAUGGGCCCCCUUAACAGGCCUCUGCCUCCUGACCCUCCAGCUCCUGGUGAUCACCAUCGUGCUGCGUCAACGUUGCACUCACCAGAACCCCCUCUAGAUCCACCUCUGGCCUGAAAACACAGCCCUGUCCCUCAGGGCCAUGGAUGUCCCUGGGAUCUGCUUUGGGAGGCAUCAGAUAAUCAGGACACAGGCAAGGGAGGAGAAGGACCACUGUUAAAGUCACUGUCUGCAUAUCUCCCAGCAAAUCCUCUCCACAUUUCCACGCUGACCUUCCCCUCCCACUCCAGCUCUUUCAAAUGGUUUUGUAGAAAGGAGGUGCAAUGAUCUGACUGCAGGCAUCAGGGCUUGUUUCCCCACAAAAGGCCUCAUAUUAUGCCUGGGAAGCGUUUCCUUGAAAAUGUGUUUUCUCUGUUGAAU